AGCUGUACGUGUUUGUUUUCCGUUAGUCUUGCCAAACUACAGGAAAAAAAUGAACACGUCAGAGGAGUCUAGGGCAACGUUGUCACAGGACGGAGCACCGUACGAUCGCCGCAAAUUCGUUGAAAGGAUGCAACAGUAUUCUGAAUCUGUGACAUCCUUUAGUUGGCUACUCAGUGGACCCUCAGGCUACUUUGUAGUGGAACCAUCCCAGACAGCCACUGAGCCGCCUUUGUAGGCGAGGCGACUUUCGUGGUUGUUUCGCUGCUGUAUUUAGAAGUUCAUUUAGAGCCUUCGUGUUGAGACUUAAAAAAGAAAAAACCGCUACUACUCUUUAGAUUCUCGUCAAUUCACCCAAACGACAAUAAAAAUACUUCCACGAAUGCUGAACGAUUAGCAGAUUUUUUUUUUCUUUCUCCUCUUUCGUCUUUCCAACUAUGGUUUCACUCGAUCAAUUGCCAGUCAUUGGUGGCGUUUUUCAAGCACAAGAGAAAUAUGUAAGAAAGGUAGGUGAAAUCGCUCUAGCAUUCUCACCAUGCGGUCUUAAUGCGUCUCUCUAUUUCUCUUCUUCCUCUGCUAAUUAUUCUUUAAUUAUUUUCAUCCAGAGUUAUUGGCUUGCUAGAAGAACCAUGGAGGUCAGAGACUUUAUUCGGUACUUUCCCAAAUCGGCUCUCAGUGCUCAGUACGUGCAGUCACUCGAUAAAGCAGAGCAGCGAGACCUAGUCGUGAGCCUCGUAGAUGACGCUAUCUUUUGCGAUUCUUGGGAGGCUUAUUUUAGUUUUGCGGAGCGCAACAAUGUGACUAUCUCGGAAGAGGUUGCUUUGGCAGCAGUGCAAGCCGUUGGUCUCGAUCCGCUGAGCGUGACGUUGUGGGUAAAGGCAGCUAACUGCUGCGGCUCCUCGGAGUCACGAAUGAAUUUGUAUGAAUUUGGUCUCUCUGUUCCUUUAUACAAUUGGCAGAAGCUGUACGCUGAAUACCGCGCUUUUGCAGAGCAGAACGGUACGAGAGAAGUCAUUGCAGAAGAUGAAUGUGAGCGGGUAGCAGCCGUGGCGCUUCACGAAAAGUGGCCUGAUCGGUACGCACGCUUUGACACCGAUGAAGAGGUCCAGAAUGUCCGGCGUGCGUGGCUGGUGCACGUGGCCGUCAUGAUUUCCGGUCUUGACAGCGGUGUCCUCGCUAGAGACCUGCAACUUCGUCGGAUCGAGUUGGCUAUGCGUCAGAUGUGUUGCCAGCUGCCUGCUGAUGAUUCAUGCUGGUACCAGUACGCGUUGUUUCAGCUCCGCAUUUUGGAGGACAGAGAGGCCGCCAAGAAGACCAUCGAGAGUUGCCUCGCCGCGGCAGGGCCGUCGUUUGCAUUGGACAACGUUGCCUCGGUCGUCUCCGCCGCGGUAGAUGGGCGUAGUGGUUCCGCCGAUGCCGACGCGUUGCCUGCCACAGAGGUGAUGCUGAAACAGCGUUGUGCCGCUGAGAGCUUGGUGUUAAACGGUGUCACCAAGGAUGGAGUCCAAACACUCCGUGCGGCUGGCAAGGCGGCGGCGCAACAGGGCCUCGUCGAUUGGAAGAUCUAUUCGCAGUGGUGCACUGCGGAAGACAUGACGGCGAACAACUCGAAGAUGGCGGCAAAGGUGCUCGAAAACGGCAUGGUUUGCUGCGCCCACUCUCCGUCCGAUGCAGUUCUGUUGGGCAGUGAAGCGGCGCAGUACCACCUCUUGCAGCGGCACGAGCGCGAAACUCUCGGGUACGCGGAACAGCAGAUCGAGCAACAGGCCGGACAGCACCAUCGAGGUCGGAUUCUGGCCUCUUGGAACUCCUUGGUUCGCAUCGAGAGACUUUUAGGACUCAGCUUCUCCAAAGCAGCGAGGCGCCGCUCCGAAUUGUUUCCUCAAGCGCCGAUCCUCACGUUUCUCGAACACUGCCGCGUAGGCGACUAUCUGCCCUGCAGCAAAAAGACGUUCAAUUGGAUUCAGUUUAUCGAGGAUUACAACAUGGACAAGUUGUCCGUGGAGGAGACGCCCUUCCAGGGAAUUGUGUCGCAGCGGAAAAUGACACUCGCAGCGCGGCCACAGCCGACCGUGGAGUACGAAUCUCCCGAUGACACACUCUGGGAGGCAUUCGUGCCGCCGGUGAACAGUCAUCCGCCGCGCGCGACGGACGAUCCGGACGAAGUCACCGGAGUGCGGGAGCUGCGCGGGAAGCUGGUGUACCGCGUGAAGGUGGACCCGCGAACCGCGGCGAGGUGCCGGCGGGAGGAAAGGACGCGCCGACAGACGAAGCUGGGUGUGGGGACAACGGAAGGCGGGAGUGCGCUCAAAUCGAUGCUGGGCAGAGUCAAAUCUGUCCACCUCACCGAGUACCAGACGCGCAGGCUGAACGCGGUUUCCGCAGAUUGGCUUGUGCGCCUACUGACGUCGUCCGAGUUGGAUCUGGAACGCGUGCUAAAGGAACGCGCGGAGCGUAAGCAAAGCGAGGAGGAUCCUCGAUGGGAAGAAAAGCGGUAG